AUGGAUAAGAAACCAUGCAAAUCUAUAGAUGUUGAAGUGAGGAAAGGCCCAUGGACUAUGGAAGAGGAUCUUAUUCUCAUGAACUACAUUGCAAAUCAUGGCGAAGGCGUUUGGAACUCCCUCGCUCGAUCUGCAGGGUUGAAGCGCACUGGAAAAAGUUGUCGUCUCCGGUGGCUUAAUUACCUCCGGCCAGAUGUUCGACGUGGAAAUAUAACACCGGAGGAGCAGCUUCUGAUCAUGGAGCUGCAUGCUAAAUGGGGAAACAGGUGGUCAAAAAUUGCAAAACAUCUCCCGGGAAGAACGGACAAUGAGAUAAAGAAUUAUUGGAGGACUCGAAUUCAAAAGCACAUCAAGCAAGCCGAGAAUUGUACAGGUCAAACUGUGGAGAACUCCAACGAUCAAGCUAGCACUAGCCAAGUCUCCAGUUCAUGCCCUGCAGAUCAUACAGUUGAAUCCUACUCCCCGCCUUCCUUUAAUGGCAAUAAUAUGGAGUCUUUUCAGGGCCCAUUUCCGACUGAAACGAACGAAAACCUUUGGAGUAUUGAGGAUCUCUGGUCCCUACAGUUACUCAACGGAGACUAAGUUAGCCUCUGUUGACUAGCCGCCCUAUGAUGGGCCCUGCGAUUGCCUCCGUAUAUAAAGUAGUUAAAUUUCCUCCUUAGUAUACUACUGCUUUUUCAUAUAGUUCUUGAAUUAAGGGUCGACUUGUAAUAUGGUAUGAUGAAAUAUCGAGUUAAGUGCA